UAUUCGUUUGCAGAAAGUACUAGGUCUAUAAUUGCACCUUUUCUUUCGGUUAAAAGUUGUAUUCCUCAGCUGCCAGUUAUAUCUUUCCAGAUAAGCCAUUUAGAAGCCCUUUCGGCGUUUCCUGCAUCAAGUCCCUUAAACACCUCUCCUUGUCAUUUGUAAACAUAACCGGUGAACUUGUUGAGCACUUUCUAUCCAAUUGUGAACUCCUUGAGCAUCUUUGCGUUUCUUGCUCGGAUCAAUUAGUAACUUUGAAAGUUGCCGGUUUGUCACUCCGGAUGAAGUUCCUACAAAUAAGUGACUGUAUAUAUUUAGAAAAAAUUGAGAUUUGUGCUCCUAAUCUCGUGUCAUUUAUUUAUCACGGAAUGCUGGGUUUCUAUGACAGUAUUCGUUUGAGGCAUGCACCCUUGCUUGUAAAUGUAUCACUUGCAGAAAGUACUAGGUCUAUAGUUCCAACUUUUCCUCCGGUUAAAAGUUGUCUUCCUCAGCUGGUGACUCUCAAUCUCAACUUGCACAUGAAUCUGAAUAUGCUAAGAUGGGCACGAGUGCCAUGUCUGAGGAAUUUGCAGAAGGUUAAUAAAUGUCCUCAUCAGUGCCUUAAGGUGGUGAAAUUUUCUGGGUUCGUUGGGUCUAGUAUCGACACUGAGCUUGCCAUGUACUUCACUGAGAAUGCCGUUGCGCUUGAAACGUUUCUCGUCGAUCUCAGAAAGGUUGUCGUUGAAGAAUCCACUCUAUUGUCUGAAUUUGUUACAACCCAGAAACAAUUGAGGGCAGCAAGAAAGCGUGCUUUGCAGAUGGGUAAAAAACUACCUCCAGGAACUGAGUUAAUUGUUUUGUAAUUUCACUUGUUUAAUCCUCUUUGCUACAGACGUGAUACACUUUUUGCAGCAUGUAAUUUGCUACUAUUUAUUUCUGACAUUUUCCGAAAUUGAAAUAA